GAGUAGAACCUGUAUCCACUUGUUCGUCCGCGAGAGUGAUGUGCGAAUAACAGACUACCACGUUUCUGUACAGCUAUAGGUCUCGAGGAGAAACAACAAUGGUUUCGGCCGGACUGGAGAUCUUGGGGCUGGGGCUGUGCGUAUGUGGCUCGCUUCUGGUGAUGGUGGCGUGCGGGCUGCCUAUGUGGAAGGUGACCGCGUUCAUCGAGGCCAACAUCGUGGUGUCACAGACCAUCUGGGACGGCCUGUGGAUGUCUUGCGUGGUGCAGAGCACGGGCCAGAUGCAGUGCAAGGUGCACGACUCCAUCCUCGCGCUCACCCACGACCUGCAGGCGGCUCGGGCGCUCACCGUCAUCUCGUCGGUGCUGGGUGUGUUGGGGCUCAUGGUCGUAAUCGCCGGGGCACAGUGCACUAACUGUAUCCGCGACGAGAACGUCAAGGCCCGGGUGGUGAACGCCGGAGGGGUCGUCUACAUCAUCAGCGGACUGUUUGUUCUGGUGCCUCUCUGUUGGAUGGCCAACAACAUCAUCUCGGACUUUUACAACCCACAGCUGCUCUCGUCCCAGAAAAGGGAGAUUGGAGCCGCGCUCUACAUCGGCUGGGCGGCCACGGCGCUGCUACUGAUAGGGGGCUCGCUUCUGUGCUGCUCCUGCCCUUCCAGCGGUAACACGGGCUACUCGGUCAAAUACGCACCACCGACAAAACGGGCCACACCGAACGGAGACUACGAUAAACGGAAUUAUGUGUAGCUGUAUCGGAUCCCCUACCUGCUGUGCGACUACAGGCUGUGCGUAAUUGUGGUUUGUAGUCUUAAAAGAACUCGUUUUUUUUUUCAAGAAAAGUUUUUUUUGUUUUGUUUGCACCGUCUUUUUUGACUCUGAACUUUGAAAUCAAUUGAAGUACACUGGCCUUUGUAAACACUGUUGAACAACCUAUUCAUUCAUCUGUUCGGUCUCAGCAGGACUAACGGGUAUGGAGACCAAAUACUGUCUGUGAUAGACCGUUACAAAAAAGGAGCGUGUUUGUUUAAGCUUAGGCCUACCUGUAGUUGUACGAAACUGUUGUUUUUUUCUAUAAACAAAUCUAAGUUCUUUGUUCUCAUUUUGAAAUGUCUAGUAUCGUCAGAAGUUUGUUUCUAAAAAGUCACUGGUUUGGUGCAGUCCAGAUUGUGCGAAGAUGCAGCAUAAGGGGGUUGUUAAGGACAGCGAUAAUAACUCAGCAAUAUUGCGGAGCCUGUCCUUAACAAGAGCACCAUAAGUAGACUAUGUGGAAUCACACCGGAACUUGUUCUCAACCGGUGUGUUGAGAACAAGUUACAAUUCCUAAAAAGCGCAUAAAUAGACUUCAAAAUAUCCGCAAAAAUCCAGUAGUGUGCAGCCUAAUAUUGGCAGCAUCCGUCAAACGACAGUUAGUUAAGAGGCGCCACACCUGUUCUACAGACCCAGGUUCUUUCAGGAACAACUAAGAUUUUCUUCAGUUUUCCAAAUAUUCUUUGAGGGCCUGCGUACUUUUAUUUUUGAAUCUAGGCCUACACUACAGUGCUGUAGCUAUGUUUUUUUUCUAUAAGUUUGAUGUGUAGGAGUAAACUGCUGUUAAAGUGGUUUGGUUUUUGUGAGUGUUUGAUGUUAUGAUUCAUAUUUGUAUUUGAUGCAAUAUUCUUACUUUAUUUUUAAGUCAAUUUGUUACAUUGAGAUUAAACUGACUCUAUGGUCUCAAACCUGA